AUGAAAAAAAAUUUUUUUUUUAUUUGUAUAAUUUUUACAACUAAUGUUUUAGAAAAUGUAAGGAAUUUAGAUAUAAAUAAAAAUGCGCUUGAAGAAGAAAUCAAAGAAUACAUGCAAAGUUUUCUUUUCUUAAAAAAUUCACAAAAAUAUUGUGAAAGGAAUAAUUUAAUCUUAGCACAAAAUACUGAUAAAUUAUUUAAUUUAAGUAAAGUAUUAGAUAUAUGUGAAUCAAAAAAAAAUUGUGAUUUUAUUUCUUACUCUCCAAAAAGGAAAUUAAGAAAUUCUAUUUUUUAUGAAAAUGAUAAACCACUAAAAAAUACAGGAGCAAAUUGGGUUUGCUCAGGAGAAAGUUGGAUCUUUACUCGACCAAGAAAAUACUGGAUUACUGCUAUCAAAAAUAAUCAUAUAAAAGAGCAAAUGAAAAACUACAGUAUUAUUCAGUUAAAUAAGACAGGGGAAUGCGAUGAACAAAACGUUUUAAUUAAAAUUACUAAAUUUAUUACACCAAAAGAAGUAGCAGAAGAAUGCAAUAAAAUUUAUAAUUGUAAAUUCAUCAUUUUAAACUAUAAUAGAAAGUUAGGAAAUAAAAGCAAACUUAAUGAAGUAGCCAUCCUUUGUUCUCAACCUCCUGUAAAUAGAAUAAAUAAGUUAGGUUUUUUAAUCGCUGGAAAGUAUAUAGAAGAUUCUUCAACUCAAAAAAAAGAAAAAAAAAGGAAAAAAAAAAUAAUAGUAAAAACAUCUGUAGGUGGAUCAAUUACAUCUGAUGAUCAUUAUUAUAAUUAUAACAAAGGAGAUAUUGUUCAUGCGGAAAAAAUAGAAUAA